ACUCACUCAUACAACACAGUCCACUCCUCGGAGCCAUGGAGAGAGAACCGUCGCUCGGACUGCGACUUUUCACAGCGCUCGUCGUCUUUUACGGACUCACCGGUGUGUCCAGUAAUCUGGUGGUGGUCCCUGACAAAACGGACGCUGUGCUGGGCAAGAACAUUACACUGAGCUGCAGGAUCGAGGCGCCCCCUGACCUCAUCCUCAUCCAGAGCUCCUGGGAGCGUCAACUCCCUUCAGGCAAAGCGAUCUUGGCCGUGUUCCACAAAGAGUUUGGAACGUCCAUCUCUGCGGACUACGCCAGGCGCAUCUCGUUUGUUUCCCCCUCUGUCCACGAUGCCAGCAUUACCCUUGAAGGAGUCGACAUUGCGGAUAUCGGCUUGUACACCUGCAAAGUGUCGACAUUUCCGCUGGGAAAUUCCCAAGCGUCCACCAACGUCAACGUAUUAGUGGAGCCGAAGGUGUACGUCUCGGCCGGCUCCGCCACCCUGCUGGACGGCGAGAGCGAGUCGCUGGUGGCCACCUGCAUCGCCGAUCACGGCCGCCCCGCCGCCGAGGUCUCCUGGGAGACCGAUCUGCACGGGACAGUGGAGAGGGAGAGUCGCAACGAGACCGACAGCACCACCAGCGUGCACGUGCACUACCUGUGGCAGCCGAAAAUCUACGCACAAGGGAAGACGCUCAUGUGCGUCGUGCACCACCCAGCCCUGCAGACGGAGUUCCGUAUCCCCUACACGCUCAAUAUUCAAUUUGCACCGAUGGUCUCAAUAAGAGAAGUGGAGAGAAACUGGUAUGCCGGGCAAGCAAAUGUGAGGUUCAUCUGUGACAGCCAGGCCAAUCCCCCUGCCCGUCUGUACACGUGGGUCAGGUUGGAUGGGUCCAUGCCUGACGGCGUUGAGAUCGUAAGCAACGUGUUCACGUUCAUGCGGCCGCUGCAGCUCAACGACUCCGGGGUGUAUCGAUGCGAAGUGACCAAUGACGUCGGCCUCCGCAGCAAGGACGUGUCCCUGUGGGUGCAAGAGCCCCCGUCCACCACUGCCAGCCCCAUCACCACUACGACGCCACACCACAUCUUCGGACUCGGCACCUCCUCGACCCUGGCCUCUUUGCCGGACAGCACCCUGGGCACUAUCAUUGGCGGGGCCGUGGGCGGCGUGCUCGUCCUGGUCCUGGUCCUGAUCCUGGCCGCAGCCUGCUUCAUGCGCCAGCGCCGCACCUUCCGGGGCGACUACUACACCAAGCAGUACCUGGGACCCUCGGACAUGCAGAAGGAGUCUCAGCUGGACGUGCUGCAGCCGCACGAGCUGCAGGAAGUGUACGGCGACAAGGCCAGCAAAGGCAGCCAGGAUCUGAAACCCAAACUGGGCGGGGACAUCAUUUACCCCGACUACGUCCCGCAGAGCAAGGAUAGGAACGACUGGGUCGACCGGGAGGGGGACUACUACCCCGAUCACUACCACGGCCAGAACAUGCACCCCUGCGGGCCUCCGGUAGCGAACGGCUCGCCAUACAUCCCGGAGGACUGCUACAACAAUUGCACAGACGGCGACUACGUCUCCCACUUGGACGGAUCCGUCAUCUCGCGGCGGGAGUGGUACGUCUGA